AUGCAUAUUCCAAGUAGAAAAACGUCAAAACACAUUAAUCUCAACUUACUAGCAUUGACCUUUCACCUAAUCUUCUUAAUAUCCACCGCUCAUUCACAAUCCACGCAGCGUCUAACCGAACCCAACAACAUCACUGAGCUCAUCGUCGCUACUUUGAACCAAACCAUCUUAAACGUCAAUGUCUCUUACACCACCUUCUUCAACCUCCAAAAACGUCUUGGUCCAAACAUAGCUCACCGUUACCGCUGCGCAUUCGAAGACUGUCUUGAGCUACUCGAUGACACUAUCUCCGAUCUUGAAACCGCAAUCUCCAAACUCCAAACUUCCUCUCUUGGGGCCCACGACGUCAAUAUGUUGCUCAGCGAUGCCCUGACGAACCAAGACACGUGUCUCGAGGGUUUCACGUCAAGUGAAAAUUAUGAAAUUAAUGAUGUUAACACGUAUAAAUUGACUGAUGGCUUGAAGAAUAGCAUCUCGAAGAUCUCUUGCAACCUCAGUGACUCUCUGUACAUGCUUCAGAAGAUUCCAGGGCAUAAACAUUCCCCCGGAGCAUACGAGGUUGACGUUGAGUUCCCGAGUUGGGUCUUAGAGAAUGACAAGAGACACCUUCACGCUCCGGUGGAAAAAACUAAGUUUAAUCUCAUGGUGGCUCGAGAUGGUACCGGAAACUUCACUACCAUCAACGCUGCGGUCUCGGCCGCUCCUAACUCGAGUGUAACAAGGUUUAUGAUAUAUAUAAAACGUGGGGUAUACUUUGAGAACGUUGAGAUACCGAAGAAGAAGACGAUGAUAAUGUUUGUGGGAGACGGUAUCGGAAGAACAGUCAUAAAAGCAAACCGCAGAAAGGGUAUCUGGACAACAUAUCGCACUGCUACCGUAGGCGUGAAUGGUGAAGGUUUCAUAGCUAAGGACAUAUCAUUCGUGAAUUUUGCCGGACGGUCACCACAAGCCGUGGCAUUGCGAAGCGACUCUAAGCACUCUGCUUUUUAUCGUUGCUCGUUCGAAGGCUACCAAGACACUCUUUAUGCCCAUUCAGCCCUACAGUUCUACAGAGAAUGUCAUAUAUAUGGUACGGUCGAUUUCGUAUUCGGUAACGCGGCUGUUGUGUUCCAAAACUGUAGUCUUUAUGCUCGUAAACCAAAUCCUGGGCAGAAAAUCACAUACACCGCUCAAAGCCGCGAAAAUUGGACCGAGCAUACAGGUUUCUCUAUGAUCAACUGUAGAUUCUUGGCCGCCCCUGAUUUUACCCUUGUAAAAUCAAGCUUCAAGGCCUACUUGGGUCGACCGUGGAAAUACUUCUCUAGGACGAUCAUCAUAAAAUCGUUUAUUGACGAUCUGGUUGAUCCUGCUGGGUGGUUGGAAUGGAACGGAACUGCUGGUCUUGAAACGCUAUAUUAUGGAGAGUAUAUGAAUGAAGGACCUGGGUCGAACAUGACACACCGGGUCAAAUGGCCUGGCUAUAGACGCAUAAACGCAACGGAAGCAACCCAAUUCACAGUCGGUCCAUUUAUUGAUGGUCGGACGUGGCUUAAUGCAACCGGCAUCCCAUUUAAUACCGGUUUUUAA